AUGACCACCUUUCCAUUUGCUGGGCUUCUCCUCCUCUUUGUGGUUGGCUAUGGGUCAUCCGAGAACUCCAGUACCUCGAGAGGGUGUGGACUGGAUCUUCUUCCACAGUACAUUUACCUUUGUGACCUGGAUGCUAUCUGGGGGAUAGUAGUGGAAGCUGUGGCUGGGGCCGGAGUGCUGACAACGUUUUUGCUGAUGCUGAUCUUGCUGGUGAGGUUGCCUUUCAUCAAGGAAAAAGAGAAGAAGAGUCCUCUGGGGGUGCAUUUCCUCUUCCUUUUCGGGACCUUGGGACUUUUUGGCUUGGCGUUUGCAUUCAUAAUCCAGGAAGACGAGACGAUAUGCGCGGCCCGCCGGUUUCUGUGGGGGGUCCUCUUCGCACUGUGCUUCUCAUGCUUGCUCGCUCAGGCCUGGAGGCUACGGAAACUAGUGCGGCAUGGCAAAAGCCCAUCUGGAUGGCAGCUGGCCGGCGUGGCUGUCUGUCUUGCCCUGGUCCAAGUCAUUAUUGCUACUGAGUGGCUGAUACUGACCAUUGUGAGAGAUGGGAAAUUGGCGUGCAGCUACGAGCCGAUGGAUUUUGCGAUGGCUUCCAUCUACGUCAUGUUUUUGAUGGUGGUAACCAUGGGUUUUUCUUUCUUCACGGUAUGCGGAAAGUUUAAGAAGUGGAAGAAGAAUGGAGUAUGCCUCAUUAUUGCCAGCUUUUUCUCAAUUCUCAUUUGGGUCGCUUGGCUGACAAUGUAUCUGUACGGCAACAAGGAAUUGGGGAGAAGAGACCAAUGGCGUGACCCUACGCUUGCAAUAGCCCUGGUGUCCAGUGGCUGGGUAUUUGUGAUCUUUCACACUAUCCCAGAGGUCCACUGCUCCAUUCUUCCAUCUCAACAAGAAAACACACCGAAUUAUUUUGACACUUCACAACCGCGCAUGCGCGAGACAGCUUUUGAGGACGACCUUCAGCUUCCUCGGAGCUACAUGGAAAAUAAAGCCUUUUCAAUGGAUGAACACAACGCAGCUUUACGAACUGCAGGAUUUCGCAACGGCAGCUUGGGGAGCCGUCCAAGCGCCCCCUUCAGAAGCAACGUCUACCAGCCCACUGAGAUGGCAGUUGUCUUGAACGGUGGGACUAUUCCAACGGCUCCACCAAGUUACACUGGAAGACAUCUUUGGUGAAAAAGCUUUCUAGGCUUUAGAGGAUGAGAGAGAAUGAUUAAC